UCUUCUUCUUUUCCUUUUAUAGUUUUAAAAGGUGAAAUUAAGGGCAAGAAGUAAAGAGUUACGUAUUUUCAUGAUUUGAAGUAGUAUAAAUACCUGGACUUUAAUUUGGUAAAAAUUACUUACAAGAUUUAAGAGCAUAACUGUUAAAAUGAAAGUGUUUUCAGUUCUCGUUUUAUGUUUUGCAACGGUUGCUGUGUUUGCUGGUAAAUUAACGGUAGAAGAGAAAAAGGCGAAAAUUGGAGCUUUUUAUAAAUGCCUUGCUUGUGGUGAUCAACAAGCACGAGAUGAAUAUAUGAAAUGUGAGGAACUGAAGCCAAAAAAGAGUCAUGAAAUUGAAGAAGCUUGUAAAAAGGAAGUGAUGCCUGGUAUUGAUGAUAUUAAAGAACGAUGGAAUCACAUAUGCCAGUAUCCAGGCACUACCACAAAGCUUUAUGAUUGUGUAGUAACAGAUGAACACAAAAAGCUAUUUGCACCUGAAGACAAGGAAAAAUUCCAUGAGUUUAAGGAAUGCGCAAAAGAAAUCUACAAAACCCACUGCCAUAAAGAAGAGCAAUAAGCUGACGUGAAAACAAGAUUUUCUUAUUUUUGAAUUUUUAUACCUAGAUAUUUUAUAUUUAAAGAUAUUUAUAAGAUAAAGUUAUGCAUUAGAUGAUUACUUAGUUAAUAAGUUAAAUAAACUUUUUAUACUGAAAUAA